AUGUUAGAGAUGGGGGUGGUGGCCUCGGUGGGAUCUCUGGGUGAUGGUUUCGUGAAACUGAACCUGUGGAGACACAAUGGGGAAACUAUUAACAAGACCAAAAACCAGGAAUGCACUCUCAUCGGGUACCGCUUACAGCUCAGGUCAGAUGAGCAAAGCCACGGCCAGCCCUGUGGGAAGCUGGAUGAGCCUCAGAAGGCGUGCGGGCGUCGCCCUCUCUCAGCCUGGCAGCUGCGGACACGAGACCACAUCCCGCAGGGACACCGGCACCAGGCACUGCAGCACAUUUCUGAGCUGCUCAGAGAAGAAGUUGAAGACCAGACUCAUGGGUGCUGUGGCGGUCACUUUGACAGCUGGUUCUUGGUGGCUCACUUCGGAGGCUGGGCUGACCUGGCAGCUGAGCAGUUGCUGCGGGCGGAGGCAGAGCCCCCUGCCUCCCUGCUGGCGUUCCUGGUGUUCUACUACAGCCCGUGCGAUGGGAGCCAGCAGAGGGCACACACCACGGUGGAGGUGGGGGCUGUGCUCAGCCGCCUCCGGAAGCUGUUAACAAGUGCCACCCUCUCGUCCAGGGACCUGCAGGUGGCAGCUGGGGAGCACACAGCUGCAGAGCCCAGGCUGCCUGUGCAUCACCAGCUCAUCAGGCUCCUUCUCCUCCACUUCCUGCUCUGGGCUCCUGGAGGCCACACAAUCGCCCGGGAAGCUGUCACCUGUAUGGCGCACUCUGGUGAGAUGACCCACGAGAUCGUCGGCUUUCUUGACCAUACCUUGUACAGAUGGGACUGCCUUGGCCUGGAAGCCCCGAGGUCACGAAAGCUGGCUGGAGAGCUCCUUCAGGAGCUGCGCGCUCACGUCCAACAAGGAAUGUAG